ACAAAAGUUAUCGCUUUAUCUAUCGAUUAGCGAAGUUGUGCUUAGCACGGUCACACUGGCCCUCAAUUUGAACAGGCUGGCAUGCCCAUACGCAAACAGCUGUUUUUGUUCGCGUAAUAAUAAUUUUUGGUUGAAAUAUGUUAAAAACACGCAUUUUUCGCCUAAUACACGACAAACGUUUGAGCGUGCCCAUUUUGCGCGGCUUUCAUCAUGAGUUCAGCAAACCCGAGCCACAGCCCACCAAUCCAAAUGUAAAGCAACAGCAAGAGAAGAAAUCCUUUGUUGCGGGCGGCGUACAAAAUAAAUACAAAGUAUUCCGCGAUGAGGAGGCAACGGAAAUCUUCGAUGUGGAGGAGGCGCGUUAUCAAGAGCGCGAACUGCCCGUGGAAGUCGAGCAGGAUCAGUACUUCGGCCUCAAUUUAAAGAGAGGCGUUCGCGGCGUCUUUGAUGUGGAGGAUCUGGUGGAGCUGUUGCGCAAGGAGAAUGUGGAUGAUAUUUUCGUUUGCUAUGUGCCCGAGGAGCUCAAGUAUGUGGAUCAUCUGGUCGUUUGCAGCGCGCGCAGCUAUCGCCACAUGCUGGCCACAGCGGAAUUCGUGCGCCGCAUGUUCAAAAUCAAGCGUGCCAAGGGGGAUUUGCUGCCCCGCAUCGAGGGCGAAAAGAGUCGAGACUGGAUGGCCAUGGAUUUGGGUAACAUUGCGCUGCACAUAUUCUCGCCCAAGGCACGUGAGGAUUACGAUCUGGAAUCUUUGUGGGCCAUUGGCCCCCAGUACGAUCACGAAAGUCAAAAGCCACAGAACCCGCUGGGCAACAUAUUCAUUGCGCAGGUGCCAAAGCCAGAAACGUAGCCGUAUAAAUGUAC